CUUACAACAUGCCAAGCAAGAACCCUAAAUCAUGGAGAAUGGAGCGAGGAAGAAUCACAAGAUCUGGGCAAUCCUGGGACUAGCCGUCGUUCUUGUGCUACUCAUCACGCUCUCAAUCGCCGCAACUCGAUCCCCCAGCGAUCCGGCCGUCACUCACCAGGUAUUCUUCGAUGUCGACAUUGACGGGCAGCGAGCGGGGAAGAUCGUCCUGGGCCUGCACGGCUCGAUCCUGCCCAGGACCGUCGAGAAUUUCCGGGCGCUGUGCACUGGCGAGCGCGGCAAGGGAUCCAGCGGCAAGCGCCUCCACUACAAGGGGACGAUCUUCCACAGGAUAAUCCCGGGCUUCAUGAUCCAGGGGGGCGACAUCACACGCGGCGAUGGCCGCGGCGGCGAGUCGAUCUACCCGGGGGGAGCAUUCCGGAACGAGAAUUUCAAGCUCCAUCACGAUCACGCUGGGGUUCUCUCCAUGGUAAACAACGCAUCGACGGCUAGCGGUGUGAGCACGUCCCAGUUCUUCAUCACCACCGUCAAGGCGAGCUGGCUCGACGGCCAACACGCAGUGUUUGGGAGGGUCUUGAGCGGCAUGGACGUUGUCUACAUGGCGGAAGGAUCCGGCAGCUAUAGCGGCCGCCCCAGAAAAGUCGUCCGGAUUGUUCACUCUGGAGAGAUCCCGCGAGAAAAAUGGUAGAACAAAGGACCGCAAAUCUCAAAUCGAGAUUCUCUCCAGCAAAAUCGCUUCUUGGUGGCAAAAGCUCGCAUUUUUGCCAAGUUCUCUCUAGAAAAAUCGCUUCUUGGUGGCAAAGCUCGCAUUUUCGCUACCUCAAACUUAAAUCCUUCACAAGAUAGAGAUCUUCUCGAAGAUCAAGCUCGGUAGCUUUGAACAAAAAGCUCGUUUUUCACUA